AUGCUCCCUCAAGGAGCUGAGGCCUGGGACCGGUCCUUGGACAUGCAGCUGACCGGCAAGGUGGUGCUGUCCGCCGCUGCCCUGCUCCUAGUGACCGCUGCCUACCAACUGUACAAGUCGAGGCCUGCCCGGGCCCCACUUGGGGGUGGACACGCCAAGUCUGAAGACGAAGAGGAAGCGGAGGGCCCAGGGCUGCCCACUGGGGUGCUACAGAAGGGGCUGCGAUGCCGGAGGGCCAGCAAGGGGACCAGAGCCCCUCUGGGCUGCAGCAGGGAGAAGCCAGGGGGUUCUUGUGUCCCAGCAACUGCAGUCACUUCCAAAGACGGGGAGCCCAAGAGGAGAGACACCAGUGAGGAAGGGGACGGGCAGUGCCCAGACUCUGAACAGCUGCCUCCUCCCUGCAGGGGCCAGGAAGCCGGAGCAGCUCUUGGCGGUAAGCCUGAUCCUCUCCUCAACCCCCACUUGGGCAAUAAACGCAAAAACUUUCCAAGUGGACCUGCUGCAGGGGACGGCAGCCUUACAGGCAGUGAGCUUGCCCCAUGGCAGGACUGCGGACCCACCAAGGAGCCAGUGGCAAGGGAGCAGACCUCCCUGUGUCAACACUGGCUGGCCCACACAGAAGGCAGCAGUGACAUGGACAAGAGCUGGGUCUUUACCCGCGUGUCAGGGGUCCACAGGGAAGAGGCUGGCACUAUCCAGGCUGCCUCAGACCUCGGUCUGGCUCUACAUCAACAGGAGGGGGCCAGUAACGCUUGCUACACCUUCUCGUCCAUGGCUCGGGUUCAAGUGGAGGAGAACUUUAUAGAGAAGGUGGUGGAGAGCAGGCCCAGGCUGAAGGGCAAGGUGUACGAGUACUAUGUCGAGUCCAUCUCUCAGGCCACCUCUAGAGGCAGACCGGACCCCAAGACAGUAGCCCUGGCUGGGGCUCUAUCCUCUGUGCCAGGCCCCCUGGAGACCAGGACAUCGUCCAGGGGUCAUGCUGAUGACAUAGAAGGUGGAGCAGAAGCAGUCACCCCCUGUCAGACCCAGCCGCCCGCCACCACACCCGGCUUCAGCAGGAAGGAGAGCCUCCUCCAGAUUGUGGAGAACCCAGAGCUUCAGCUGCACCUCAGCAACUUUGGGGUCCCAGCUUUCCCUGGCCCAGACCAUGGUGCCUCACCCAACUGCUCCCUAUCCCUGGACUUCAGCUCAGCUGGAAGCCCUAUGGAGCCCCGCGUGCAGCUCGUGGCCAGGACCAAUUUCUUCCACUUCCCACUCAGCCCCGACUCAGCCCGAGAUAUCCACCUGGACCUGGGCAAUUGCUAUGAGGUGCUGACCUUGGCCAAGAGGCAGAACCUAGAGGUGCUGAAGGAGGCGGCCUACAAGGUGAUGAGCGACAACUACCUGCAAGUCCUGCGCAGCCCAGACAUCUACGACGGCUUGACGGGGGCCGAGCGCGAGCUGAUCCUGCAGCGCAGGCUGCGGGGCCGCCAGUACCUUGUGGUGGUCGAUGUCUGUCCGCAGGAGGACUCUGGCCGCCUCUGUUGCUAUGAUGAUGAGCUAGAUACCUGGCACCCAUUGGCCCUCCUGCCCCCGGAGACCAUGUCCCGAGGCUGUGCCAUCUGCAGUCUCUUCAAUUAUCUCUUCGUGGUGUCUGGCUGCCAGAGGUCUGGGCGCCAGCCCUCCAACCGUGUCUUCUGCUACAACCCACUGACAGGAAUCUGGAGCGAGGUGUGUCGGCUGAGCCAGGCCCGGCCCAACUGUCAGCUGGUGGCCCUGGAUGGGUACCUGUAUGCCAUCGGGGGCGAGUGUCUGAACACAGUGGAGCGCUACGACCCCCGCCUGGACCGCUGGGACUUUGUGCCGCCGCUCCCCAAUGACACGUUUGCCCUGGCACACACGGCCACAGCCUGCGCAGGGGAGAUCUUUGUCACAGGUGGCACACUGCGCUACCUGCUGCUUCGCUUCUCUGCCCAGGAGCAGCGCUGGUGGGUUGGCCCCACGGGGGGUGGCAGGGAACGCACCGUCGAGAUGGUAGCAGUCAAUGGCUUCCUCUACCGCUUUGACCUCAACCGCAGCCUGGGCAUUGGGGUGUACCGCUGCAGCGCCAGCACCCGGCUCUGGUAUGAGUGUGCCACGUACCGGACGCCCUACCCAGAUGCCUUCCAGUGCGCCGUAGUGGACAACCUCAUCUACUGCGUGGGGCGCCAGCGCACUUUCUGCUUCCUGGCAGACCACAUCUCUCCCAGGUUUGUGCCUAAGGAGCUGCAGAGCUUCCCUUCCCCACGGGGCACCCUGCUGCCCACCGUCCUGACCCUACCUGCUCCCAGUGUGCCCCAGACCAGGGUCUAG